AAAGAAAAAAAUGACAUUUAUUAUAUUUUAUCUGAACACAAGACCCAGUCCUGCUCAGGGCAUCCACAUAUGUCAACAUGGAUGUGAGGCAGUUUUUUUCUUCCUAAGGAAAGACCUCAUUGUGGGCUGGGUGUCGCUUUGCAGAGUCCUAAAAGCAAGGUAGCCCUGAUUUCACAACCACGCACGUGCAUGAGCACACACAUUUUACCUCCCCCGACACUGCAGUCAUAACUCCACCAUACCUCGCCUACCUUCAGAAGCAGUGGGAGUGUCCUACUGAACCACUGCAUAUUCAACCACCAUUAUAAUUUUGAGAUCUUACUUUCUGAGCUUCAAACUAUCCGGCGCAACGCUGAAGCUGAAGCUAAACACUGAACGUCUGUGCAGAGAACAUCUUGAUCCACAUUUCAUAACUUGUGCAUUAACAGGCCGGAAGUUGCCACUGGUGAUGGGGGAUGUCAAGAAAGGAAAGAAAGUGUUUGUGCAGAAAUGCUCCCAGUGCCACACGGUGGGAAAGGGGGAGCGCCACAAGGUGGGGCCCAAUCUGUGGGGACUGUUUGGAAGGCAAGGGCAAGCACCUGGCUACUCCUAUACACAGGCCAACAUUGAUAAAGGUAUUGUAUGGGAUGAAGACACUCUGAAUGUUUACCUAGAAAAUCCAAAAAAGUACAUUCCAGGCACCAAGAUGAUCUUCAGUGGCAUCAGAAAGAAAAAAGAGAGAAAGGAUAUUAUAACCUACCUAAAGGAAGCCACCUCUGAAUAGCACACACAAUGCAGAAUGCACAGCCAGAGACGGGCACAAUGCACUGCACAUCUAUGGAUAAAACUAAGUGUUCUCUUGAUGUAUAUGUUUAUCAUCACACAAGUCAGACAUCUUUGAAACUUUGCAGUCAGGGCAUCUGUGAGAGCUUUUUUUAUUUUUGUUGUUUUACAGCCACUUAUGUGGCACACAAACUACUGCUGAUCGAUGCUUGUGUGGAACAUUGUUAGAACUUUGUUUUCUGUUAACGUUCACUGUUCAUAAGUGUUUUCUGUUUAGAUGUAUGAAAUUGGGCAGGCUUUGUGUAAGAGGUUUUUAAUCAUCUUUUCAAACCACUGGGUGUUACAGACUUCGAUCGCUACAGGGCUGCACUUUACUUUCACUGAAUUCAUUUCUGUUUUUGUUUCUGUUCUUUGUUUUUUUAUGGAUUGUAUGGUCAACAAAUAGAUUGCUGUUGUAUCAAAAAAAGAUAAGAGAAUAAGGAACAAUGUAAAGUGCUUAGAUUAAUUUAACAGGCCUCAUUCUUUAUACUGAGUUGGCAUGCUAUUUUACAUUUGCCAAACACCAUUGACUUUGACCUUGUAGUGUUUAGUUAAUCUUAUAUUAAAGACUUGCAUAAAAACACAGCUGGUGUGAUUUUUUUAAGGUUGCCAUUUGUUUUCUUGAAGCACUGCUUUGUUUUUAAUAUGU